AUGGAGAAUAGUUUACCCAAAUUGUCCCUUGAGCCUCGUUUAGGCUCAGCUCCGUUCGAAGUGAACGAACCCGAUGGGUCUGAAGAAUACAUGCCUAAGCUGACUCCAAACGAAAAACUUGAAAUUCAAGUUAAAAAAAUACAUGAACAACGUGAAUUUAAGUCACUUACGAUAGAUUCGCUAAAUAACAUUGAAAAUGAAAAAGAUAUUGAGAGCAAAAUAGAAAAAUCGCUUUCCGACAAAAGUGCAGAUCUCUUAAAAAUGAAUGAAGCAAUUAUGAAGAAUGUUAUUGCAUCACAUAAUGAAAUUGCAAUUGGAAUUGAUGUUAUGAAUCUAAUAUUAGCUGAACAUAAGACAAAUUUUAUUCCUAACAAUCCGUAUCCGGUUACUCCCGGUUUGAUCUCUCACGAUUAUCCUUUCUAUCCCCAGCCCAGUAAAGAUUCUCAAGUUCAAGAUAUUAAAUUGAUGUUGGGAAUGAAACGAAUGCAACUCAAAAAUUCUGCAGAUAUUUUAUUUUCUGCUGCUUCAAGACUAGAUGAUAUCGUUAACAAUGAAAAGACAUUCUGGAAUGAAAUGUUAUCACUACGAGAACAUCAUUGGAGCUUACGUCGUGGUGAUAAAGAAAAGAAUAUCGGACAGCAGAUUUUUGUCCAUUAUGGAUAUGCCGAUGUUGGUUCGAAUCAUGGGGAUGUUUCAAAAGCACAAAUAUUAAGAUCACCCGAUGAAAAACAAGUGGCUGUAUCAUUACCUCAAAAAGCCAAGAAAGCAGUCAAACUACGGCUACAACAAAGAUCAAAUAGUGCACCUUCUGUUCAAGAGAAUUCUUUGCUUCAUUCAGAAUCAGCCGAAGGUUCAAACAUUCAUCAGCAACUUAUUACCGCUCAAAAAGCUAUUUUUGAAGGAGAGUUAUUUGACCAGCUAGUACGAGAAGCACGUAAUACGCCUGGUAUCACGUUAAUUGAGAAUGAAAUAUUCGUUCGGAUAUAUGAAGGUGUGGAUUUAACGAUUCAAUGGGCCAAUGUUGACACUAUUGAAGAGGCCCCAUCUGCAGAUGAUGCUUGGACUUCGGAAACGGAUAAUUUUUAUAUGACAAUUUCUCCAGAGCAAUCUGCAUCAUCUACAUGCACAGUAUUGAAAUUAGCAAUGGAUCUUUUAUUAAGGAGAUGUCAUCGGAGACAUUUACUAAAACAACAAGAACGCGUAUUAAACUGGUCUAGAGCACUUGUGUCAAUAAUAUACUUUAAUGAUUUUACUAGUUCUGAUAUUGUAAAGGCUUCUACACUCGCACUGAGCAGUGGUGGAGUGCCUGUACAAAUUCACUUUAUUUCUAACCUUGCUAAAGGCAAAGAUUUGAUAGAAGAUAUAUGGAAAAAGAUUGGAAAUGAUAAAACUUUCCUUUUUUCUGGUAUAAUGAUUGUCACUAUUGAUCACAGUCUUCGAUUCACUUUAGAAUCACCAACAUCAGUGAUUGUUCAUCUACCACAUGGUGACAUAAGAACACGUGGUCAUGCACAAUUUCAAGAUUUGUUUUCAAGAGAACUCAUAUUAUUACUAUUAAGAAUUAUUCAUGAGCAAUUAAUAUAUUUAACUGGUUUAGAUAAUGUGGUGUCGGGUGGAGGUAACUGGUGUGUGGAUAUAGCGUUAUUACUUAUAUACAAAGAUAUACCACCUAUAGUUUCCGAGUCUUCUGAUAAAGAGAUUACGCAAAAUAAAUGGUCAAAAUCCUUUUGGAGACGUCCUAUAAAAAUAUCAAUUAUAAACGGUCAACCUUCACCAGAUAAGUUGACAGUAAAAAUUGAUGCUUUUGGAGUAAGCGAAGGGCCUGAAUUAGUUAUUGGUGGUAUUAAUAAUGAAGGAAAGCACAUUAGAAAAGAGUUUUGGGAAAUUAUCUACGAAUUUUUGAUUAGCCUAAUGUAA